CUUGUUUGCCAACCUCUUGGCUGAGUCCACCUUUUCUCUGACCACAUCAGACUAUUGCGGAAGAUCCUUCGGCCGAGUCCCUGUUUACUUGACAACUGUUGUACUUAGUCCGCAAUAAAGGCUAUGUCAUCACUAUGUCGAUAAGGCACACUACAAACUUGACUGGUGAACAUCACGAAUGCAGACCGACUUUUCGCCCACAAGACUAGCUUACAGAAGACAGUAUGAAGGAUGAGUUCGUGGAGUCCCAGGCAUCCGGGGAUAGAAAGAAGCCGACAAAGAUGGCUUUCAGAAAGGGACUCAUUGCUGGGCUGACGGUGUCUUGCCUUGGAGUGGCACUUGGACUUGGAUUAGGUCUUGGACUUCGAAAAUCAGGCGGCUUCCGGUGCAGCCGCGGGAACUGGCUGGAGAAGCCGUGCAUCAGCGCCGCCGGUCCCACCUGUCCCGCAGGUUACUCCAAGCCACCUGUUCUCCUGAUCUCUCUCGAUGGUUUCAAGGCAGAAUAUCUCCUCCGUGACAUCACCCCGACCAUUGGCAGAAUGGCCAGGUGCGGGGUCCAUGCUCCGUACAUGUACGCCCAGUUCCCGACUGUGACGUUCCCUAACCACUACACCAUCGUCACGGGACUAUAUGGCGAGUCCAACGGAAUUGCUGAAAACAACAUGUACGACCCUGUCUUCAACACAUCAUUCUGCCUGGGCUGUAACGAGUCUUUCGUCCCUGCCUGGUGGGGAGGAGAACCGUUGUGGAACACCGUGCAGAAGCAGGGUAAGCGGUCAGGGACGUUUUUCUGGCCAGGCUCGGACGUCAGCGUAGAUGGCAUGUACCCAGACUACUACCGGCGAUACGACGGGAGCGUACCUUACGAGGACCGGGUAAACCAGGUCUUGGAGUGGUUAGAUCUACCUGAGAACACGAGGCCAUCCUUCAUGACGCUGUACUUCUCAGCGGUGGACACGACAGGGCACAUAUAUGGACCCGACUCUAAAGAAAUUAGGGAAGCUCUUAAAGAGAUUGACUGCACGAUGGCACAGCUUAUGGACGGGCUGGCGGAGAGAGACCUGCUCGGCUGCAUCAACAUCAUCACGGUGGCAGAUCAUGGAAUGGCAGACACAAGCUGUGACAGAGUCGUCCGACUUGACAAGCUGACUGACACCAAUGAGAUGCACAUCUACUCAGGGUCGGUGGGGAGAAUCCGCCCGCUCAGGCCGGACAUAGACAAUACAUUUGAUCCCAUUGCAGUUGCAGACAGUUUAACGUGUUCAAGUCCUCACAUGACUGUUUACAACAAACGAGACCUUCCCAAACGGUUCCACUUCGCCAACAACCGCCGGAUAGAAGACGUUAUUAUCAGUGUGGAAGACAAGUGGCUUGUGGCCAGGGGUGCAGAAGACCACUAUGCCACGGAGAGAUGCGCCGGAGGGACCCACGGGUACGACAACGAGUACCGUAGCAUGCAUGCCCUGUUUGUGGCACACGGCCCUGCCUUCAAACAGAACACAGAAUCGCCGCCUUUUCAAAACAUCGAACUGUACGACCUUAUGGCAGAUCUGGUUGGAGUGACCCCGGCCCCGAACAACGGCACACGCGGCAGCCUAAACCACAUCCUGCGGCAGCCCCCGCCCGUACCGUCCGAGCCCCCGCCCGCUCCAGCCGGCUCCUGCCCCUUCCCCACGGACUAUGCCGCCGCUUCUCAGAACCAGGACUGCACAUCAGCACCAGGGUCGUCCUGCACAGGGUUUGCUAAUUCUGCAACAGUUGAAGACUUUGACAGAGAACUGGACUUGACCGCUGCACAGGAGUCCACGUAUCAGUCGCAACAUCUCCCGUUCGGCGCCCCAUCUGUCACCUUUGUUACGGGAUACUGUCAUCUUACGCAGAAGGAUUAUGUAGCUGCCUACAAUAGGGACACAUUCAUGCCGCUUUGGUCUGCUACAACUCUGUCUGGGGACACACAAAUGUCAUCAGGAGAAGUGACGUCACUAUGUCGGCGGCAUGACGUCAGAGUCCCAGCUGGUGACUCCCUAAACUGUACGGAGUUUGGUGACCUGGAUAUCGGCCACCUGUACUCACCGUAUCAAAAGACUGGGGACGAGAGCAGCUGGAUGAGUGCCCUGGUGACGAGUAACAUGGUUCCACAAUACAGGAGCUUCUCAUCAACCCUGUGGCGUCCGGUAGAGGAGAAGGUUUCUGGUUGGGCGGGAACUUACGGCGGCGUGAACGUCAUUUCCGGGCCCAUUUUUGACUGGAACUUGGACGGUAACAGGGACGACAGGGGAACCAAUCACACACAAUAUCUACCCAAUACUCCAGCACCCAUCCCCACUCACUAUUACAAGAUCGUGACGAGAUGUUCGGACGGUGGUGACAUCACUUCCGCCUGUCAGGGUGGAAAGGCCGACGUCAUUUCCUUUAUUUUGCCACACAGAGACAGAUACUUGUCGGUGGAACGGGGCUGUCAGGACUCAAAUAGCCUGAUGCAGACGCACGUUGCCCGAGUGAGAGAUAUCGAGCUGCUGACGGGACUACGCUUCUUCCCGAGCCUCGAUACGGACCAGGCGCUGCAGCUCAGGCUCUUUCUACCCACUCAGCUAUGGGACUGACGGUUGCGCGCCUAGCCUUCUCAGAUAUAUACAACCUACUUUGAAAAUUAGUUAAACCUAUACUAAUGUCCUCCUCUGCAUAUCAAAAAGGGCCAACUGGCCAUUGUAGCCUCUGUUAAAAGUACUCACCUUCUUUGCCGAUUCAUCUUCUCCAUGAAAGUUUACUAUGCAGAUGUGAUAUUAUUUUAGAAAACGUGUGUCAAGAUUGCUGCUAGGUGAAAUAAUCUUGGCCUUUUUUGUAUUCUUUGUUUCAUUCUUUCUUUACUCAGCAUUUUCUUUUAGUUGAUGUUCCAAAAUAAGUAUGUGCCCUUUCUCUAGCUAGCAACAACAAGAU